AUGCGGAACGGCUCCCGUUCCGCCCCAUCCUCAAUUCAAGCGGGCGUACAAUAUUGUACAAGUCUGGAGGAUCGCAAGGGGUGGCGCAGUCUGAUCUACGAGUUCCUCGCCGGGGGCGAUGUCAGCAAGCGUCUGCAACGGAGUCGUCAGCAGCUCGAGCCGUUCCGUUGGAACGCCCGGCUCUCCGCCGCCGUGGACGCGGCCUGUGGCCUGUCGCACCUGCACAAUGUGACGCCUCGCGCCUUUCACCGAGACAUCAAGGGCCCCAAUAUCCUGCUCGACAAGAAUGGUACUGCCAAGAUGGCUGACUUUGGACUUUCCUGCGUCUCGGAAGGCGCACAGCACAAGGUGAAGCAAGCGAGCGGCACGGUGGGCUAUGCCUGCCCUGAGUACAUACGCACAGGGAUCAUCACUGAGGGCAGCGAGGUGGCUGCUGUACUGCUUGCGUUGUGUGCUUUUGGAUUUAUCGUAGUUGCGACGUUUUGGUCCUGGGACCUUCCUGCUGAAGUGAUAGGACUAUCGUUGCAUCAGGGUCCUGAAGAGUGUCGCUUCGCCUUGUUGAUUGCCGGCACGUUGCGGCGGGUGAAUCUCAAUGCAGACAGACACUUGCUGGAACCUUUGAUACAAGCCAACUGCAAGGUAGAUGUCUUCUUGUCACUCUUUGCUGGUACUAACGAAGGAUGGAGAAAAGCAUCGAACGCUUUUGAACAAGAUCCGGACUUCGAAGGUUUGAACAGAUCUGGCAUUGAACAUUUGAUUAAAAGGAGAUUCAGCAUGCAUGGCAGUAGGGUUGUGAGCAGCCGAAUAUUUGAAGAACAUGAUAAGGAACCGCAAGACAUAGCGUUCAUUGACAGAAAUACCUUUUGGACGGACAAAAAAGGAGGGCGAGGUGAAAUUGCUCGGACCAAUUUCCUGAUGAUGUGGAAGGAACUGGAGCAACUAUGGUACCUGGCGCAGUCACAGGAGCACCAGCAUGGGCCAUAUUCUUUUGUGAUGAUUCUCCGUGACGAUAAUUAUUGGUUCCAAGACUUUAACCUCACCAAGCUGUUGGACAUCGGUGGCGAGCUACGUGAGGUCGGCAACGGCAACGGACAACUGUACAGCAUGCUCUGCGGCUUAGAUACGAAGCAGGGUGGAGACACCGGUGGCCUCAUAGACUACGUGUUUCUCAUGGACCGUGCAGCCGCAGAAGUGUUGUGCAAAGCUUACAGCCGGCUAGUUUGGCCAGCGCUUUUUGGACAGGAAUGGUUUAGAAAGUAUGAGAACAACAAGAUUGGAGGUUCAAGUGAACAUUUCUACCUCAACCUGGUGCAGCAUUCUGGAAUCCAGGUCCAUAGCUUCGGCAUGGUGGUCCUGGAGCUUCUGACCGGGGCACCGCCAGCGGUGGAAAAGCCCAACAAACCUGGAGUCAUUCAGGAUGUGGCGAACGGCUGGGAAGGUUUCUGUUUGGGCCUUCAGCUGCUGAAUCGCUCCACGACCCCUGAGGAUUGUCGAAGCCAAUGCUGUGACGAUCCUCACUGUGAGGUCUGGCAAUGGGGAAAUACCCGUGAAAACUCGGGAGAGAAGUUGGGCAAAUGCUCCACAGGCCGUGGCUUGGAAUGUCAGAGCGAACGCUUCGACGAUUUCCUGGUGCUCGCGGGGCAGCGCAUCUCCCACGGCACAGUGUCCGAGACGAUUGAGCUGGAGAAAGGGCGCUGGUGUCGUGGCCUUGGAAUGAAGCAAGCAGACGUGCACGCGGUGAGCGCAGUGGGGACCUACAAGGCGGAGGUCUUGCAGUGCAGAGAUGUGUGCUACCAAGAUUCUGGCUGUUCCAUUUGGGAGCAUAGCACCAAGGAUGGCUGUUGGUAUGGCUACUCGGACCGCUGUUCACGGUCCUUUAGUGAAGCAGAGACCAUGGUGGCCGGGCAGCGUGUCGCGCGCGCCUGUGGACCCGGUGUUUUGCUGCAGGAGCCGACGGAUUAUGUCAAGGUCUUCGGCAUCAUUAGUUUCGUGGCCUUUCUGCUGUUUUGCUUCGGCGUUUUGGCUGUGGCCUGUGGCGCCUUCUGUGGUGCCGCGACGACACGCCGCAGCCGCGACGACACUCUGCUCUCGGAUAGCGAGGGGUCACCGGUGUCGCCCAAGUCCCCAGGGUGA